AUGGUAGCCAAGAGUUUGUCGGGCAUUGGCACCACAUUGAGUAAUAUUUUAGGGCACGAAGCCGCAAGAUUCGUCUGUCCUCAGGAAGCAGCUUGGGGAAUUCAGUGUUAUCUAGUGGAGAUAGCAGGCAGUCCCAGAGUUCAUAGAUCAUGUGGGCUUGCCUGUCUAACGGCCUCUCGGAGGCGUUCUGAUACUUCGAACGCAUUGAUGAGACCAGCUCUGACUGGGCCAUUCGUCGAGGAGGCGUUGAUGGAGCCUAUGAAGAUUUCGAGGGACGAACUAGAACUGUCGGCAUUAUUCGGUGGACUUUUUGAGCAUUUUAGAGCCGUUCGCUUGGUUCGCUCCAUCCCCUUUACUGGCCUGAUAUCCUUCACCUCCAGGCUUGGGCACUUAAUUACUAUUUUCUAUCCGGACACAAGUGUCCGCCUCUCAAUUCAUGGAGUGGGAGAUUCGUACUUCGCGUUGGCGAAUGACAUGUUAGAGUUCUUGAGCGCAGAAACCCUAAGCGCCUCAAAGUGUUCGAGAGCUUCGUUUUUGUCCGAUUCAGAUCUAUUAUAUUUCAUGUUCAUCUCAAACUUUGAUAAAAAUUCAUGCUAUUACCUUUUGUUUCGCCUCACUUCAAUUAUUGCGACCGUAAUGUGCGGGCCUGUCACUGUUCUGUCGUCUUUGACCUUUCGCCUUUCGCAAUCCGGGAUCCCUCUCCUGUCAAGCGCUGCAGGCAACCACACUAGAGCUAGAAAGCGUGGCGUUUUCCUGAUGCAAAGGAUGUCGCAUGCUCUUCUCUCCUACGUUGGAUUCUCCUUCCUCUGGUUGAUUCCCGGCAAGGGGAGAAUAAGUAGUUCACUAGGUUUACAAUCCAAUAUGUCGCGCUAUCACGCAACGUACCUAGUAUAUCCUGGCGCUCGCAAGUCUGCUCCAUCGCAGCAGCCAUAUAUAUCACUAUGUUGCGACCCCGACGAUCACUUGCCUAACUUUGAGGAAGGUGCCAGUGAGAGUGUUUCAGUGCAAUUUUCCGACGACGAGUUUCCCAAGAUUGUGCCUCUAGUCUCAGACACGGAUGAUGAUGAAUAUAUGCCGAGCGAAUCUGAGGAUGGAAGGCCCAACAGAAAGCUAGACCGAAUUGCGUCCGUAUGCCCAGGCAUGCCUGCCAAACUUUUGCCAAUGAAAGGCGUUACUCAAGCCCCCUCCCUAAUCUGGGUGAGGGUGAGCCAGAGACCACGGAUUCAGAUGUACCUCUACUUCCACAUCGAUCCAAGGCUAGGAGAUUGGUACGCAAGAUAUCAGAAUCUUCGGAAGAGGACAUGGACCUCAAAUAUACCAGCUGAAAGGAAAGAACUGAUUGCAACAAUGUAUCGUGAGUUGGCCUUAGCCAGAAAUUAUCUCAUCAAUGCUGGCCUCUGGGAUGGUGAGAUCUUCUACUUUGGUACAGGGGCACCGACAUACGUGCGGGACAUUCUCAACCAAGCCCAGGAUAGACUACGAGCUGUCAAACAAAGCAAUCUGGGAUGGUUCGAUCAGACAGUUGGAUCUCCGAUGCGGCACCGUAAGUCAAAUAUUCCUACGCUCUGCUCAUCUUGCACCUGGCUCACCUUACCCUUAAAGUUUAAAAAUGAAGGAUUGUCUGCGCCUUUUAUGGUAAUUGGCAGGGAUGGCAAAGCCAUCAGUGAGAAGCUUGUUGUACCUUUUCAAACUGUUUGCAUUUCCUUUAAACUGACCGAUUUGCACCACUACUUGGAUUUGUAG